CCUGGGACUUGCGAGGGAGAGGGAAGGAGGACGAAGGAGAGCAAGAAACUUCAGGGCAGCGGCGAGGGUCAGUCGAGCUGGGCCCCGGGGCCCGGCGGCUCAGGAAGGGCAAGGGAGUGCCGGCGCUGCCUUCGCGUAGCUCCCAAUGGGGCUGGAGAAACUUUAAAAGGCGGCCCCGCUGUGGUUGGCUGGUAGCGAGAUUCCGAGCAACAUAUGGCAUUAAAAGGAGCGCAGCUGGAGGUUAUGAAGGCAGAAUGGAGUUCCCGGACCACAGCCGGCAGCUGCUGCAGUGCCUGAGUCAGCAGAGACACCAAGGAUUCCUGUGCGACUCCACUGUGCUCGUUGGGGAAGCUCGGUUCCAGGCUCACAGAGCUGUGCUGGCUUCCUGCAGCAUGUACUUCUACCUCUUCUACAGGGACCAGUUAGACAAAAGGGAGAUUGUACAUCUGAACAGUGACAUUGUCACGGCCCCAGCCUUCAGCCUGCUGCUUGAAUUCAUGUAUGAGGGCAAGCUGGAGUUGAGCAGCCUGCCCAUUGAGGACAUCCUAGCCGCUGCCAGCUACCUCCACAUGUAUGACAUUGUCAAAGUCUGCAAGGGUAAACUAAAGGAAAAAGAAUUAGUGGCAGAGGAAGAGAAGGACAGACCCUUCCUGGGCCCCAGCAUAUCCCUGGGCCAAGACUUAGAACUGUCCGGCCCGCCAAGGUUCAGCCCCCUAGAGUAUGAUCGGGCUGGAGCCCACCCCACCUGGCCCACCAACCUCAUGGGGCCUUCCUCACUGUCGAAAAAAGCAGAGCUGAGUCCGAGUCCUGGGAAGGCCAAACCCUUGGAUAAUGGUGUGGGUGUCUCUCUGUCUCAGAGGCCGGAGCUCCCCAUUCCCAGCCAGGGCCCCGGUGACUCAGAGUGCGCCCUGGAUCUGUCUCUGAAGCCCAUUUCCGGGAGGGAUGCCCUCCACACCUCCUACGUCUUCAGACAGCUGGCUUCUGAACAUCGGCAGCAGCAGCAGCAGCAACAGCAGGAAGCCGAGCUGAUGGUGAAAGAUGAACAGGACUCAUUGUCAGACCAGGAGGACGCUGAGGCAAGGAGUCCAGAGGGCCAGCCAUUUGGGCCUGUGGCUAAAAGCCUGGUCACAGGCUUGGGCCACAUGUUUCAUGGCCAGGAAGAUGAGCUAGACCCGGAGCGGGAGGAGAGUGAAGAUGACCUGGAUGCAUCAGACCUCUCAGCUUCAGAGGUGCUGGGGCCCCCUGGCCACAUCUGCAUCUGCCCCCUCUGCAGCAAGGUGUUUCCCAAUCCCCAUGUCCUGCAGCUGCACCUGAGCUCUCACUUUCGGGACAAGGAUGGUGGCUCCAGGGCUCGACUGUCACCAGAGGGGUCGGUGCCCACCUGUACGCUCUGUGGGAAGACCUUCUCGUGCAUGUACACCCUUAAGAGGCACGAGCGGACGCACUCAGGCGAGAAGCCAUACACUUGUGUGCAGUGUGGCAAGAGCUUCCAGUACUCACACAACCUCAGCCGGCACGCGGUGGUGCAUACUCGAGAAAAGCCUCAUGCCUGCAAGUGGUGUGAGCGCCGGUUUACGCAGUCUGGGGAUUUGUACCGGCACAUCCGAAAGUUCCACUGUGGCCUUGUCAAGUCCCUGGUAGUUUGAAAUUUGAUGAAGGAACUGGGGGCUUGGCUAGAGUGUGUAUAUGUGUGUGUGUGUGUGUGUGUGUGUGUAUGCGCGCGCGUGCGUGCCUAGAUGUCUUUUUGAUUUGGAGAAUGGUUGUACCUACGCUCUCUUGAUGCUCACCAGUGGCAUCUGGCCAGAGGGGCUUUUAGGUGUAAAGCUCAGCUGUCCCACUGCAGGACAGGGACACACAGAAACCAUUAGAGAAAGGUGAUCUUGCAUCACCAGUCCUUGGAAUGCCUGAGCUAAUCUCUGAGUUGGAGAAUUCUGAAGCUGCCUCUAGAAAAGCUCUUUCCAGAGAUAUGAUUAGAGGGCAACAGGUCCUGCAUUUUGAAGUUCAUACCUCGUGGUUUUUUUUCUUUUUUUUUUAAAGCUCAAAAAGAAGAGAAUGUGCUUCUUGGAAACUAAAAUGCUUUCUAUGCCAGCCUCCUUAUUUCUGAAUCAUCGAGACAGGGAGAUCAAAAGGACCUUUCCGUCCCCUCCAGGUCCACUUGAUAUUCUCUCCCUGAUUAUUCUUAGGGGGCUUAGUGUGGUCAUUUCUUCUUUCCACUGUUGAUGUCCUAGGUUUCUCCCUUUGAGUGUAUUUCACUUUCAAGGUUUCUUCUUUAACAGAUCCCAUGGCAUGUUUGCCUUUCUUCUGUGGGACUUUUGGAAUUUAAAGUUGAGUUCUCUUUCCUAAUGAAGAAUUAUAAGAUAUGGGGAACAAAAGAGGCGUGGUCUGUGUGAAUUACCUGCUGAGUUCUAGUAGGGGACUGGGGGAUUGGCCCAUAAUGGAACCUCUUUGGCAUACUAGGAGUAGUGGUAGCAGAAUUUAGGGUUGGACGAGUCACAGAACAAACCAAAUGGCCCAAAUUCCAUGUUCUGAGUUGGAGAGGUAGGGGCUGGAGGGCUGGGGAAUGGUAGCCAUGGGAGGAGCCCAGGAAGGUGGCAGGUAGAGUAAGGGUACUUAAGUAGUAGGUAUGCUCUUGGAAAGGAAGGAACAGACUUUCAAGUAUGUAUUGAGGCAAGUGAUGGAAAGAAGUUUUGAGGUCUCCAUAUCCUGUCAAAAGUAGGACUUAGAGCAGGAAGAUUGCUCAAUUAAAAACUCAGUUCAUUUUAGAGACAGAACCAAGCCAAGGAUGAAAACAAGCAGGCCCUAGGUGAAGUGGCAGGAGGACUGGAUUUGGAGUUCAAGGGUGGGAAUUCACCAACUUGGAGCAACCUUCUCUAUGCAAAGUCACAAGUGACUGACUGGUCAGUCUCUCUCCAGAGGGUCUGGGAAUUGGAUGUGGCCUCAUUGAAGGCUUACUGGUCAAGUUCAAGCAAGGUUGGAUUUGACUUUGUCAACUUUUUGCCCCUUUGAGUCUGAAUCUCUGAGUGUGUCUGAGCAAAUGAUGUUGGGUGUGUCUGUGGAUAUGAGUGUCGCUCAGCUGGCUGCUCUCCUCACUGAGGUAGGGCUGAGGGGGAUUGACCACUGGUCACUGCUUUCCCCAUCAUCCACCCCCACUUUCUUGGAAUAACCGUAAGGUUGGUUGUUAUUAUUAGCACUGAGCUUGCUCCUUGAAACACUUCAGAUUUUAAUGGGGGGAUUUUUUUUUUGCACAUUAAUCUAUUUGCCCUCCCUUGUGGGGCGAUGUCAUGAGCACUGACUGUGGUAGGAGGUGUGUGGUUUCAGGAGGGCCAUAUGGGAGCUGUUUGGCUGCAACCUGUCAGGAAGGCUCAAUUUCUGUGGGGAACUUUGACUAGUUCUCCUCAAUGAACCGUCCUCCCCACCUCCCCCAGCACCAUCCCCUUUGAACUCUGAAUGUAAUGUGAAAAUUCAUUUUAUUUAUGGCAUGUGUCUCAUUUCAUUACCUGACUGUACCUGUACUUCUACUGAAACUGUUACAUGGCUUUGGAAGAUGUGGUGACCUGCAUUGUCGUCCUGUGGACGUGUGACUCCGUAUCGUGGUCUUAGCCUACUGAAUAAUAUACCAAUACAUACAUUACACAUAUAGAUAGGUAUACAUAUAUAUAUAUAUUUUUUUUUUUGCUGUGAUUGGAAAUAGCACUGAGGACAAAGUCUACUAAAAUUAAGUUAUUUUCCUUUUCUCCUGAUGAAACUUGAUGUAGUAUUUAUUAGAAGUUUUAAUUUGAAGUGAUACUAUAACUGUUAGGAACCUUUUUUAUUCUAAAUGAUGAGUUUAUCUCCACUGUAAUGCUUCCAAGGCUUCUUUGUUUGGUAAAGGGAGCGAGUGACUAAUAUGCUAGUAAGGGUAGCUGAAGUUUUUCUAAGUUUUUAUUUUUUUUUACCUUAAAAUUUUACAUAAUGUUUUUUGUGAUCUCUGUGAAUAAAAACAAAUUGCAGACUCACAUAUUCCAUACCAAGCCUGGUCCAUGCACAAGCAGUCAGUGAGAUGGGACUGCAGGUGGGGCCACGUGUGGCUGAAGUUUCCCUUCACUGGAUGCCCUUAAAGGAGAGACUGGGGUGACUGCUCGUGGGCGAUCACAGGUUCCAGAGGAAAGAGACUUUACAGAUCUGUAGUCCAAUCCUUUGUUUUACAGAUGAGAAACAGGUCCAUGGGGAAAAGGGACUUGUCUAAGAUCACCUGGAUAAUAGGUGGCACCUGGAUUUGGAACUUUUGUCCUCUGGUUCCAGCCCAGACCUCUUUCCACUACAUGAGUAAGUGUUUGAUAGAAAGGAUUUCUGCCUGCAUACUGAUUGGACUUAGACGGUCUUUAAAGUUCUUUUGAACUCUGAUGCUGUGAGCGUUGGUCUUUUAACCUAGGAAAGUCUAGGGAUCUCACUAGGGCAGGCAGGUGGGUGUCAGGGGCUCCAAGGUGUGGUAAUUGUGGGGAAAAAGAAGAGAAUACUUGAAACUCUCACUGUAGAGAUGCUGUCUUCCUGGCUUCUGCCACUGGGCGGCUCCAACAAGGACUUUUGCACUUGUCUGUAUUCUGCUGAAGUGUGUGCCUGUGUGUGUGUGUGUGUGUGUGUGUGUGUGUGCAUGAGAUGUAUGUGUGUGUUUGAAGGCCAUAGGUCUAGCACAGCUUUUCCCACAGUGGGUCACUUCCUGGUGGAACAGUUGGGAGAUGCUGCAGCACACUCUCUCCCUUGUGGGUGAUUCCAGUCCUGGAGAGUUUAUUUUCUUGGAGAGUUGUCCUGCCCUGACUCGUUAACACUGGGUUUGUCAUCAUCUGCAAACAAAUACUGUGAAGUUAAUGUAAAAAAAAUCAUCAAUUUUUAAUUUUUUAAUCAAUGCAGUUCAGAUUAAAUAUGUAUAUUUAAAAACUAAUUUUUGUGGGAGAGUUUUAUAGCAAACAAACCUACAGCCUGUAGCAAAGCUAAUCGAAUGAAAUCUAUUUUAUCAGAUGGUCCAAUCCCUGUUUUCUAGCAAAUUUCUUCUCAUCUGUAGAUGUUGGUUGGUUUAGUCUAAAGGAGACAAUCACAGAGUCGGUAGAAUGGUUAGCGCUUGGCUUUCAGUGUGGUCAUCUUCAUCUGCAGCUGUAUCCAUGUGUGCUGUCAAACUGUGACAAUCGUGACUGGGAUUUGCUGUCUCUCCAUUUUCACAAAAUAAUAAUAAAAACAACCCACCCUCCUCCUA